AUGUAUGGGAAUGUGAUUGAAGACGCCAGGAUCCGGUUGCAAGAGUACCAAUCUUUUGACGUACUUCACAUCCGCAGAAGUGCUAACAAAGUUGCGCAUGACAUGACAAAAAUUGCCUUGAGGUCCAUACUAGAUCGGGUUUCGGUCGGGGAAAUUCCUUCUUGUAUCCUUUCUACUGUCCUUGUUGAGCAAAAUAUAAAUUUUGAUGGUGAUGAACGUUAUACAAUGAUUAUGGUAUUAUAUCAUGGUUAUUUAGUAGAUAUUUUGGUUGUGUUAAAGGUCCACCUCUGGGAACGAACAUAUUCAGUUGUUUGGCUUUUGCCAAAAGGGUGGUUCUCCUCUUUGCAUCACCAUCUUCCACACGCUUGGCUCCGUCGGAUCAUUAAGGCCGACGUUAGUACUGCAAUUCUCGAUCAGUCGACCAAACACCAUAUCAACAACAACAACAAAAUGAACAACGACAAUAACUACAGUAACCCUUACGUCAACAUCACCCCUGUGCCCACAUCGUCAUCUGGGAAACGUCCGAUGGAAAAGAUAGUUGACGCGUUGAGUCAGUGUGGGAAGAGGGCCGAAGUUGUGACAAGAAAAGCAGGGGCCAUGGCCGACAAUGUCUGGCAUCACCUGAGAACAAAUCCUAGUGUCACGGAUGCAGCAAUGGCAAGGAUUGUUCAAGGGACGAAGGUGAUCGCUGAAGGAGGGCAUGAUAAAGUAUUCCAGCAAGCAUUUAAUAUUUUGCCAGGAGAGAAGCUCUUAAAGUCAUAUGCCUGCUAUCUUUCUACUGCCUCUGGACCUGUCAUCGGAACACUCUACUUAUCCACUAAAAGACUUGCCUUUUGCAGUGACAAUCCCCUCUGUUAUUACCCCUCCCCAGGCCACCCCGAGUGGAGCUACUACAAGAUUGUUGCGGAGCUUGAACAGUUGGGAGGAGUCAAUCCUUCUGCUAACAGAUCGAACCCUUCAGAAAAGUACAUCCAGAUUGUCACAAGGGAUGCUCAUGAAUUCUGGUUCAUGGGAUUUUUAUCAUACGACAAGGCACUCAAGAACCUAACCGAGGCUUUACUGCAGUUUUGAGAAUCUUCCGGAGGAAUUUCACGGAUUUAAGCGCAUGACAUUGAUCAUGCUUUGUAUGAUUUAGACAGAUAUGGAGAAGAAUGGUGCUCUAAUAAUGUUCAACCACUGCUUGGUUGGCAGUUUGCUUAGAUUC